AUGUGCCUUUGGAUUAUCAAUUAUCAAGCAGGACAAACUGUCCAUCAACCGAUUGUUCAACUAUUCGGAUAUGAUAGUAUCUAUCAAGAAUCUGUUUUGGUCAAUGGAAAAUAUCAAUGGCCAAUAAUCGAAGGACUUUUCAAAAUCUAUGUUGAACUCAUUCCUGGUGAAAAUCAAAUUCAUUUGUCAACAAAAAUGUCUGACCUAUCAUUGACAUUAUUCUACGAUCCUCUAAAAUCAAAUGAAAAUGUUAUUCUUCGAUUAAUCUAUGUCACUUAUCCAGAUGAUAUUACUAGUAAUAUCGAACGAGCAUGCAAGCAGUAUCUAUUCUUAACUAAACUUGUUCGAUGUACAUUCGAUGAAAUUUUGCAUAAACAAACAGCUUGUAAACGUUCGUUAUUAUUUCAAGUCGAAAAUCAAAUUCAUCAUGUAUCAAUGUCAAGAGAAGAUUUCCAAGAGAAAACUACAGAUAAAGAUGUAUUCAGAGAAAUUUAUCGGCGGAUAUAUACCAUGGAUAUUGCUCAAGAUGCAACUAUUAAAUUGGUUGUCAAUUCAUCGAUUUCACCAUCGUUGACAUUUGCUUCGACGUUUAAGAAUGUGAUUGUUUUGAAUUUGCCUGAAUAUUUUCUUCAUUUGCCUGGCUCAUUCGAUGAGUUUUAUGGAAAUGUUAUGACUGACAAAGUAGAUGCUUUCAUUUAUUCUAUUGGGGCUUAUUUACAUGAACUCGGACAUCUAUUUGGUCUUGAUCAUGGAAAUAAUCAAUUCUCAACGAUUAUGUCGUCAUCGAAAGAUUAUGUUGAUAAUGGAAGAGAUUUUCUUCUUGUUACACCACGGUUUUCUUCGAUAAUAUUCAAUCGUCAAUGUUCGUGCUACAAAGAACCAGUCAUCAAUACUUCAUCGACAUAUGCAAAUGGAUUAUUAAUUAAACAAUCUGUUCACCUCAAAUCUUCCUGCAAAUCAGAUGUCCAUUGUCAGUUUUCAAUCAAAUUCGACCGUCAGACGAAGCCAACUCAAUGUACAUGCAAUGGUCAAUUCCAUUUUGAAACGAAUCACUGUGAUCAGCUGAUGAGCCAACUCGAUAUAUAA